GGAGAGAGUGCUGGAGCCGGCGGAGAAGCCCCGCCUUCGACACACACACAUACACACACGCGCGCGCCGCUGCGUGUCUAUUGUGAAGCUUUGUGCGGGGGAAGCACCGCGUUUUCUCUCCUUCGCAGUUUCUCUCUACCGGCCCCUUCCCCCCCCCGCGCGCUCUCACGGAUCAUCCCUUCCUCUCCCCCCCCCCGAAAUCUGACGAGCGCCUGUCCGCGAGGGGGGCGGCUAUUGAGAGUUCGAACUUCAAACCCAAACGGACCCGGUUGGCACGAGCCCAACAGACACAGAAAGGGGAGGGGUUGAGCGGCGGCUGUGUGAAGAUGUGAAGAGAAGGACGGUGCUGCUGGCUAUUGCUGUGAAAACGGGCAGAGAGAGACGAUGUGACCGUUUCCUGGCCAGAGAUGAGACACAAGUGAUUGCAGUGUAUGCUUUCCUGUAAUGAAGCAAUACCUGUUUAUGCACAGAAGACUAUUUUGAGAGUGUAAAAUCAAACACCUCCUGGAGUGUUAUUGGUAGAAGACAACUGAAAAGCAAAAGGUGUGCUGUGUCAUCGAUAUCUCAGGAUGCCACUGGUAAAAAGAAACAUAGACCCUAGGUAUCUUUGCCAUACAGCACUACCACGAGGCAUCAAGAAUGAACUGGAAUGUGUUACAAAUAUUUCCUUGGCAAAUAUAAUCAGACAACUAAGCAGUCUAAGUAAAUAUGCAGAAGAUAUAUUUGGUGAGCUUUUCAAUGAGGCACACAGUUUUUCUUUCCGAGUGAACUCCUUGCAAGAACGUGUGGACCGUUUAUCUAUCAGUGUUACACAGCUUGAUCCAAAAGAAGAAGAACUUUCACUACAAGAUAUAACAAUGAGAAAAGCUUUCCGAAGUUCCACAACUCAAGAUCAGCAGCUUUUUGACCGCAAGAGUCUGCCCAUUCCUUUGCAAGAGACGUAUGACACAUGUGAACAGCCUCCUCCACUCAACAUACUUAGCCCUUACAGAGAUGAUGGGAAAGAGGGUUUGAAGUUUUACACCAAUCCUUCCUAUUUCUUUGAUCUAUGGAAAGAAAAGAUGUUACAAGACACAGAAGACAAAAGAAAGGAAAAAAGAAAGCAAAAGCAGAAGAAUCUAGAUCGUCCUCAUGAACCGGAAAAAGUGCCGCGGGCUCCUCAUGACAGGCGCAGAGAGUGGCAGAAGUUAGCCCUGGGUCCAGAGCUUGCUGAAGAUGACGCCAGUCUCUUACAUAAGCACAUUGAAAUUGCAAAUGGCCCUGCGUCACAUUUUGAUACGAGACCUCAGGCAUAUGUGGAACACAUGGAUGGACCCUAUUCCCUUUCUGCAUUGCCAUACAGCCAGAUGAGUGAAUUGCUGAAUAGAGCAGAGGAACGUGUCUUAGUCAGGCCACAUGAGCCACCCCCACCUCCACCAAUGCAUGGAGCAGGAGAUGUGAAACCCAUUCCAGCCUGUGUCAGCUCUACCACAGGUUUGACUGAAAAUCGCCCUCAGUCACCUGCUACUGGCAGAACAUCGGUGUUUGUGAGUCCUACUCCUCCUCCUCCUCCACCACCACCCCUUCCAUCCGCCUUGUCAACUUCUUCAUUAAGAUCUGCAAUGACUUCCACUCCUCCACCUCCAGUGCCGCCACCUCCACCCCCUCCAACAGCUGUUUUGCAAGCUCCAGCUGUGCCUCCGCCCCCAGCUCCUCUCCAGAUUGCUCCUGGAGUGCUUCACCCUGCUCCUCCUCCAAUUGCACCUCCUUUGGCACAACCCUCUCCUCCUGUCACCAGAGCGGCUCAAGUAUGUGAAGCCGUUCCAGUUCCACAGGGCGAAAUGCAAGGACUUCCUCCACCUCCUCCUCCUCCUCCAUUGCCACCUCCUGGCAUCCGACCCUCAUCACCUGUUACAGCACUCUCCCACACCCCCACAGCUGUUGCCCCUGGGUCUCACGUUCCAAUAAUGCCUCCAUCACCACCAUCACAAGUCACUCCUGCUCCUGAACCCAAGCGUCACCCAUCAACACUACCUGUCAUCAGCGAUGCCAGAAGUGUCCUUCUGGAAGCAAUACGAAAAGGUAUUCAGUUACGAAAAGUUGAAGAGCAACGUGAACAAGAAGCUAAACACGAGCGUGUUGAGAAUGAUGUUGCCACCAUCUUGUCUCGUCGCAUUGCUGUGGAAUACAGUGAUUCAGAAGAUGACUCAGAGUUUGAUGAAGUUGACUGGUUGGAGUAGAAUGUAUAUCUGCUACUAAACUGAAUGCUGAUGUCCAUUGUGGUGCUUGUUCUUUAAAACUGUUUGGUCAUUUCUAGUGUUUUUGUAUUUUCUUUAUAUAAUCCAUGUUUUUCUACUUUUCAGUUCACAAAAUGUUGGCACAUCUUUGAAACUAAAUGUUUUACAGUGAUACAGCUCUUUUAAAAGAGUGUAAUUUUGUUCCAGUAGACCACUAAGUAUUAAGCAUGGGCAGCUGUUGGUAGAGUAGCAGAUUUAAAUUUUCUGGCAUAUCUUUAACUGUGCACUUUGUGAAUUUUAAGUUAUGAAGGCAGAAACUUUCAGGAGAGUUGUAUGUAGUAAUGAGCAUUACUACUCUGGUAACAGUUUAAAAACAGAGAAGGGUGUACUCCAUCAAGUGCUGCAAUUCCCAGGUACUUCAUAGGGAUUUGAGCAGGAGAAGAACUUGGGGGGGUUGCACCCUAGUUAUUACGGCCUUGAUUAAAUCUGUACAUUACAAGGUACAUGUAGUUCUAGCAGCACUGGACACAUUGAAAGAAAAUCAAAUAAUGAUCUUUGGGGGUUAUUGUUGUUUUUAAUUAAAAAUUAUGGCCUUAUUUGAAUGUUUUAAGAUUUUCUUUACUGGUACCUAUUGUGUGAUACUAUUUUGCCUGCUUGAAAGUUUGACCCUCCUCCCCCACCUUGUGAAAUCUUCUGACUUAGCCAUUCUAUGUAACUUAUGUAACUGUUAGAAAUAACAGUUUGAUUUAAAUAAAUGGUUUGUUUUAAAUGUUUCUAGCUGUUGCUUUUUUCAGCACCGAGUCACUUUAAGAGCCUUACUAUAUAAGAAACAAAAACAACAGCAGACAACACCAAUGUUUGGGUGAAUUUGUAGCCCUACUCAGAGGGAAUUUAUUGCCUUAAGUAAGUCAGGAACUACUUAGGACGAAUAAACCAAUCACACUAACCAAAAUUAAAACAAUUGCUUGUUUCUUAAAUUAGCUGUGCUAUGAAAACAUUAGCUUCAGCUGAAUUUACCCAAUCCUCAAGUUCUUUAUCUACAGAUUAAUCAUAAUUAAUAAUUGUUCCCAUACACCGCUGGAAAACCAGGGUCAUCACCUUAAAAACAACAACAACCAUGUUGAUGCUUUUUUAUGUUUCUAUAGCAAAAUACUGUUGCUUUUUGUCCAUGUGGUUUGUAUCUGCAAUUUGAUUCCUUCCCAAACAGUUAAAAUAACAAAAAGGGUCAAAACACCAAUUUGAUUUAGCUAAGUAAUGAAGAACCUAAGGCACUGUUUAGUUUAACACGAAAUAACUUGGCUUCUCAAUUUUAACAGUCUG